UGGCAGCAGUUAUUGGUGGUGGUUGCAUCCACACAAAACUUUUAACGUUCCAUUUUGCCGCUUUGGAAUGUUAGAUGCGGUGAACUCUUGUAUUUACGGUCGUAGCAGUAGAAGCAGCAAAAGUUCGAGUAUUACAAGUCGUUUGAAAACAACAACAACAAUAACAGCAGCAGCACCAGCACAUUCAGAACAAGGACAUUCAACAAUAACAGAUUUAUUCGAUUAUGGCGAAUUUAAAUUUCCAACAACCCCCAAGAAGCAUAGCAAAUGCAUCUCUAACGGGCAGAACUACAGGCGGAUUUGGUGGUAGUUCAUUAUCCGGUCAUGUAACACCCACGUCUGGCAUGUUUCCAAGUGGAGCAAAUUAUGGACAAACGCAACCUCAAUUAUCACCGAAUCGUAAUGCUCAGCUAUCGGUUGGUGGUCCUGCGUUAAGUAGUGGUAAUCGUGCAAAUGUAUUUAACCAGCGUCCAUAUGUGGAAAGACGAAUGCAAGGCCUGGGAGCUGGACCUAUGUCGAGCAUGGGUAAUUUCAUGCAAACAGGCCGAGGAGGUUACGGUAAUAGUGGUAAUGCCGCUGGUGGCCCUCUAAAUAAUUUCCAUAAUGUGUUUGGUGGCAGUGGGGACACAACAACGCCGGCCCUGCUCGAUCCAUCCGAAUUUCCAUCACUGACAAAUGUCCGCGGCCAGAACGAUCAAUCACUGCCUCAGACGAAUCCCCUCCAGCCGCCGGGAAGCAAACCUUAUGGUAAUUUCUUUACCUCUUUUGGCAUGGUGAAACAACCAACGUCAGAACAAUCCGAGUUCACGAUGUCCAAUGAAGACUUCCCUGCGUUACCGGGCACACACAAUUCCGAUGGUACAACGAAUGCGGGAAGCAUUGGCGGACUAACAGAUAGUAAUAAUUUGGAUGGUACGGAUAAGACGAUGAAUUCGAUUGUAUCCAAUAGUGGGUUGGGCGCUGUCGGUAGCGGUGCGGUAGGCUCGGGCAGUGGUGGUGGCUCAACAACAGCAGGGUCAGGAGGAGCUGGCGGUAAUAGUGCGGGUGGUUCAGGAGGAGCGGCGGGAGUUGUUGGUGGUAGCUCCGGCGGUGCGCCCGGCAGCACAUCAGCAGCGAGCAGUGUCGGUGGUGGAGGUGUUGGUGGAAGUGGUGGCGUAAUUGGCAGUGGUAUUGGUGGUAUCGUUAAUAACUCUGGUGUGAGUAGUGUACAGCCCAGUGGUAGUAGUGGUGGUGGUGGAGGCAGCAAUGCAUCAGCUGGUCUUAGUGGUAUGGGUAAUAGUGGUAGCAUUGAACAACAACAUCAGCAGCAACAACAACAGCAGCAACAACAGCAGCAGCAACAACAACAGCAGCAGCAACAACAUCCGAACGAUAAUUCCAGCGAAAAUAAAUUGGUGAAAACCGGCGUGCAAACAUCUCCUGAUGGUAAAGUCACAAAUAUACCAGCGAGUAUGGUGAAUAAUCAAUUCGGAAUGGUUGGCCUACUGACAUUUAUGCGUGCCGCAGAAUCCGAUCCAAAUUUGGUGACAUUAGCCUCAGGCAUUGAUUUGACAGGGUUAGGUUUAAAUCUAAAUUCCCAAGAAAGUUUGCAUCCAACAUUCGCUGGACCGUUUGCGGAUCAUCCCUGCAGAGCACAAGAUGUUGAAUAUAAUGUGCCACCCGAAUAUCUGAUUAAUUUUGCGAUAAGAGAUAAACUUUCCUCGCCUCUAUUAAAGAAACUCCAAGAAGAUCUGCUGUUUUUCCUCUUCUACACAAAUAUCGGCGAUAUCAUGCAACUUAUGGCUGCCGCAGAAUUACAUAGUCGUGAGUGGAGAUAUCACAUAGAGGAGAAAAUCUGGAUAACUCGAAUUCCUGGCCUCAACCAAUAUGAGAAAAAUGGUACAAAAGAACGUGGCACCUUUUACUACUUCGAUGCGCAGAGUUGGAAACGUUUGUCCAAAGUUUUCCAAAUCGAUCCCGAGAAAUUAGAUAAAUGCCCCAAUUUAAGUGCGUUUAUGAACAUAAAUGGACAGUCUGUAUAAUAUUAAUAAAAAAACAAAAAAAUCUUAAAAACACGAAAAAAUCUUUACAAAGUUAUUUAAAAAACAAAA